AUGUCGAAGACUGGUUUGAUCGUUGGCUGCGGCGUUUUUGGCCUUUCUGCUGCUGUCGAAUUAGCAAAGCAACAUGCCUUUGACAAGAUCAUUGCCAUUGAUGCAGAAACCGUGCCAUCUAGCUUAUCAGCUGCAAAUGACUUGAACAAAAUCAUCCGUCCAGAGUAUGCAGAUAUAAAGUACAUGAAACUGGCAAUAGAGGCGAUGGACUCUUGGAGAUCCAAGGCUCCAGUAUCUUCCACAUACCAUGAAUGCGGUCGGUUAAGUAUCAAUUCCAAAGACCCCAACAGAUGUCAGUUUGACGCUGUUUCUCAAGCCAAUUUAAGAAAAUUGUUAGGAGAAACUGCAUUGGUUGAUCUCAACACUCCGGACGAGAUCCGCCAAAAAUUCCCUGCUUUCUUAUCAAACGCUCCUUUAAACGAAGAUACCUCGGCAGUCUUUAAUGAACACGCUGGCUAUGCCAGUGCAUCGGACGCAUUAGUAUGGAUGGAAUCAGAGGCUAAAAAGUUUGGAGUGGAAUUUCGGUAUGGAAAGUGUGGCUCUUUUAAACGAUUUGUUUUUCCAAAUACCAACUCUGGUUCCACCGCUUCCGUCGCUGUUGAAAUUGAAGAUGGUUCAAUCAUACAAGCGGAUACCAUCCUACUGGCCAUAGGUGCUUACAUGAAUGCCUACAUUCAUACAGACCGUCGGGUUAUAGCCAAAGGGCUACCCGUUGCUCAUAUGCAAUUAACGGAAGCAGAAUACAAUCAUUACAGAAAUAUGCCAAUCAUUUUUGACCCUGACAUGGCCUACAUUUUUCCUCCGGAUCCAAAAACCAAACUUCUAAAGUUCUCUAGUGCCGGCUACGAAUAUGUCUACAAUACGCGGACUCGUUACGAUGAAUCUAUUAUUACCUCCUUACCAACUACUCCAUCUCAAUACACUGAAAUUCCGGGUUACGCCAAAGAAAGUAUUUAUCGCUUUCUACGGAUGUACCUUCCUGAAUUGGCAGAUCGUCCUCUAGAAAAGUGCAAAAUAUGCUGGAUCUCCGAUACCUCCGAUUCUGAAUUCUUAGUAGAUAAGUUGCCUGGAACAGAGAAUGUUUUCAUUGCUAAUGGAGACAGUGGUCAUGCUUUCAAGUUUUUACCCAACAUAGGCAAGUACAUUGCUCAAAAAAUACACGGUACACUAUCGACUGAAUGGCAAGAAGCUUGGAAAUGGAAGAAUAUGGACAACCACACUACGGAAGUCAAAUGGAGAGGCUCUCAAUCUUUGGUUGAUUUAAAGGAUGUCAGUUUUACGCCAAACAAUUGA